AUGGGGAUGCGCAAGCCCAGACAGACUCGCCCAUCGCCACUCGAUCUGGAGGUCAUUCGACGCGACUACCCAGAGCACCGCGAGUUUGCCGAUAGCGUGCUGCCGCUUGCCGAGAGGAAGCAACACCAUUCGUCGCUUCAGUUGCCCAAGCGCGCACGGGAUGACGACGACGAACAGCCUGAACAGAAGCGAACACGGACUGAUGCCGGUGGUGCCGAGAUCGAACAGAUGAGGGCGGAAAUGGAUGCUCUCCGGGCUGAGAAUGAGCGGCUCAGGGCUGAGACUGAGAGGCUUAGGAAUGUGAGUCGCACUUCUGCUCCUUUCGUCAAGAAAGAAGAAGUCGAUGGGGAUGGUUUCGACGCUCUUAGCAAAGAGUUCGACAGACUCGUUGAAGAAGAGCUUGCUCGGAUAAGUCGGUGA